AUGAACGACAUCAUCUCUCAUAUGCAAUCCGCGUUUGUGGGAGGUAGAAAUAUCCUUGAUAGCCCUAUUAUUGUUAAUGAGACGGUGGCUUGGGCAAAAAAGAGCAAGAAGAAGAUGAUGAAUUUUAAGGACAAUUUCGAGAAAGCUUACGAUUCUAUUAAUUGGAAAUGUCUUCUUCAAGCGACCGAGUUGGGUUUGUUUCACGGAAUUCGUCUCCCUAAUGAAGGCACGCUUCUUUCCCACCUUUGCUACGCGGAUGAUGUUCUUUUCAUUGGAGAAUGGUCGGAAGAAAUUGUUGUUAAUCUCAAUCGCCUUUUAAGAUGGUUGAAUCUUGUCUCAGGGCUUAAGGUUAACUAUCAUAAAUGUAAGUUAUUUGGUAUAGGUGUGAAUGCCGAGGAGAUUGAGAGACUUGCUCGGGUCUUAAGAUGUGAGGUCGGGUCUUUUCCGUUUACAUACUUGGGAAUCCCCAUUGGGCUUCCUUUAAAGGCUUUGUUCCCGGAUUUGUUUCGGUUAGCUAAAAGAAAGCAUGCUUUGGUGGCUGAAAAUGUGUUAGGGGUUGGUGGUAUAAACCAAUGGUCUUGGGAAUGGGGCAAGGAUCCGGUUUCAGAUGAAGAAUGGAGCCAAUUUAGCGUCCUUAUGGGAAGACUAAACCAAGUUAACCUAAAAAAUUGUAAAGACAUCUGGAAGUGGUCUGAUUGCUCGGAAGAAUAUUUUUCUGUCAAACAGGUAAGAUUGGAUUUGAUGAAAACCGAAGCGGGUCAUGUGGACACUGGAUACAACUUCUUUUGGAAUUCUUGGGCCACUCCUAAGAGUAAUUUUUUGUUGUGGCGUGCUGUUCACGGGAAUGUUGCGUCGAAGAUAGAGCUUGCGUGA